CGGAGCCCGGCGCUGCGGCUCCGACUCCGGGGGCGUAACCGGCCCUUUGUGCUUCCCCGCAGGACCACGGUCGGGUCGCGGCUGGCAGAGAAGUUGGGAUGGAAAUUCUACGAUGCAGAUGAUUAUCAUCCUCUAGAGAAUAAGAAGAAAAUGGAAGAAGGGAUACCACUAAAUGAUGAGGAUAGGAUUCCUUGGCUUUGCACAUUGCAUGAUAUACUAAGGAGAGAAGACACAUCUAGACAAGAUACAGUUCUGGCCUGUUCUGCACUCAAGAAGAUGUACAGGCGUGUGUUAAUUAGUGGAGCAUCUGCAAUCAAAAGCAACCAGCCAGAGCAACCAGGAGAACACCCAGCACUGAAGAUCCUCUUUGUUCAUUUGGAUGGACCUAUGAACAUCAUUGCUGGCCGCCUGGAGAAGCGGAGAGGUCAUUUUAUGCCACUUAAACUUCUCAAGUCUCAGUUUGAUACUCUAGAGCCACCUAGUGCACCAGAAGACUUCAUUACUGUCAGUCUAGAAAAAUCUCUCCCAGAAAUAGUAGCAGAGAUUGAGAGUGCCAUUCUUCAGGGUGAGGCUUUGCCAGUGUAAUUUUCUGAAUGAUACAUAUAGAAAUUCCCUGAAGGAUAGAAAGGCUAUGAGACAGGGUUUUAAUUAUUAAAUUGAUUAUUAAAUCAAACCAGCUUAUUUUUAAGAGCUGGUUUACUGCUUGGUUUUUUUAUCAUGGCUCUGUAAAAGACAUACAAGAUAUAAUUUGCAAUAACUGUUAACUUUUUAAGCCCUUCACUCUAUGAAGUUAAAAUUCUCAUUUUAGUAAGAGCCUACUUUUGAAAAUCCUUGCAAGGGUCACACAGAAUAAUUUAUUUUCUUAAUUUUAAUAUUUACUCUGUCAGAUACUGAGAUGGGCACAUCUGCUAUUACAAGAUUAAAUAAUUUACAGCUUUGUUAAAAACGAUGUCAUUUUCCUAGAAGAGGCAGGAACAUGUAUGAUGAAGUUCCAUACAUGACACUAUCUCUGUCUCACUGCUGGAUUUUCAUCAAGUUGUAGGUUCUGUGUUUGUGUCCUUGUUUACCUCACUAGGGUACUGAUGACUUCAUGAGAACUUUCCUGAUCUCUUACUGGAUGCAUUGACCACCAAGCUGAAAAAUGUUUGAAAGAAAAGGCAGUGGUGGUGAUGCAAUAUAAAAAAUUUAACUGAAUGGAAAGCUUUAGAAAUAAAGCAUAAGAAAUAUUUAGAAAUAAAGCUUAAGAAAUAAAACAUCAUACUGGCUCUGAACUUGGAGCUUUCAUGUACAAAGUGUAUACAUUGCAGCUGAGUGUGAGUCAACUAGUGAUUUAAGGUAGUGAAUGCAAGGUUGAUUGACACUUCCUUCUUUUUGAAAACUUACUCUUUCACAGCUGGACCUUCUUCUUCACUUCCCAAUGCUGGUGGGCACCUCAGUGCAUGUCAAUGCAAUUGCUUUAAAGCUUUUGAUCAAACUAUUCCUACUACAUAUUUUUCUCAUCUUUUUUGAUGAAGAUGAGAAGAAAAUUCCAAAUACUAAUCAGUCACCUAGCUAUCAGAAUUUAAGAUUGAAGUCCUUUUUUACCACCAAGGUGUUUUUCAGAAAGUACUUCAUGUCAUGGUAGACAAGAUAUGCCUUUUCAGCUUCAUACAAUGAAAUUUUUUAUUUUAAGUUCCUGUAUGAAAGAUUUGAGUCUUGUCCGAAUGGAGACAUCUCCAUGUGCUGUCACACAUGGAUUAUUUUUAGUGCGUCAUGCAAUUUUUUUUAUUUCUGGAAUGACGGAUGAACUCCUGUAGAAGAACACCUCAUGUUUGAAAGCGUCUUUAGUGUAAUUUUUACUGGGUAAGUACUUGAAAAAUAUUAAUCAUGGUUCUCAUUAUGAAUGAAAAUACUAAGGGCUUUGUGGUGUACUAGACAAACUACUGUGCUUAAAUUAGUGCAAUAAAUGGGCUUUAUGUUA